AUGUCCCCCAACUACAAUUCCAAUAAGCCCCAGGCUGCGCUCGUGGGCGGUAAAAUGACUUUGAUGCUUUCUCUAGUGACCCUCGUCGCCGCCUUCGGAUCGUCCUUCCAGUAUGGAUAUAACGUCUCCGUGAUCAAUUCUCCAGCUCCGUUCAUGCAACAAUUUUACAAUGAAACGUACCAGGGACGAUACAGCGAAUAUAUGGACGAGAGCUUGAUGACGGCUCUCUGGUCUUUGAGUGUGUCCUUCUUCCCACUUGGGGGGUUCUUUGGAUCAUUGAUGGUGGGGCCCAUGGUGAACAACUGUGGCAGAAAGGGCACCCUCCUCAUCAACAACAUCUUCUCCAUCGUCCCCGCCAUCCUCAUGGGGACCUCCAAGGUAGCCAAGACCUUUGAAGUGAUCAUCAUUUGCCGCAUCAUUAUUGGCAUCUGCGCAGGCCUUUCUUCCAACGUGGUCCCCAUGUACCUUGGUGAGAUGUCCCCCAAAAACCUUCGAGGCGCUAUCGGGGUGAUGCCGCAGCUGUUCAUCACGGUGGGGAUCCUGGCGGCUCAGAUUCUCGGCAUGAGGAUGAUCCUCGGGAGCGCCGAAGGCUGGCCAGUCCUCAUGGCUCUUACGGGAGUCCCUGCUGUGUUGCAGCUUUUCUUACUGCCGUUUUUCCCCGAGAGUCCCAGGUAUCUGCUGAUCCAGAAAGGCGACGAAGAGGGCGCAAGGACAGCUUUGAGGAAGCUGCGAGGCUCGGAUGACGUGGAGGACGAGAUGGAGGAGAUGCGGCAGGAAGACCAAGCGGAAAAAGCCGAAGGGCGGAUGUCGGUGUUGACCCUCUUCACUUACCCAGGCCUCCGCUGGCAGCUCAUCUCCAUCGUUGUCAUGAUGAUGGGGCAGCAGCUCUCUGGGGUCAACGCGGUGUAUUACUACGCGGACCGGAUUUACUCCAACGCCGGGAUUGCGGAAAGCCGCGUUCAGUUCGUCACGGUGGGGACGGGAGCUGUCAACGUGGUGAUGACUAUCAUUGCGGUCUUUAUCGUCGAGGCUCUGGGACGAAGGAUUUUGCUUCUGGUUGGUUUCGGGGUCUGCUGCGUUGCCUGUGCGGUGCUAACCCUAGCCCUAAACCUCAAGGCGAUUUGGUGGAUGCCUUACCUCAGCAUUGCCUGUGUAAUCGUUUACGUCAUGGGACACGCCAUUGGUGCAAGCCCCAUUCCCAGCGUUAUGAUAAUGGAAAUGUUUCUGCAGUCCUCCCGCCCGGCAGCCUUUAUGGUGGGAGGGUCGGUCCACUGGCUGUCGAAUUUCACCGUGGGGCUGGUUUUCAGCUACUUGGAGCAAGGCCUCGGUCCUUACUGCUUCCUAAUUUUUUGUGCCAUCUGCCUGGCCACCGCCAUCUACGUCUUCCUCAUCGUCCCCGAAACGAAGAACAAAACCUUUAUGGAAAUCAACCAGAUCAUGGCCAAGAGGAACGGGACCGAAGAUCAGGCCGAGAAAGAUGAAUUGAAGGAUUUCACCGCCGUUUCCAUCCCGUACAGCAAGAAAGCCGACGGGGAGAGAAGCAGCGCGUUGUAA